AUGUAUCACUCACGUCAAGAAGACAGGAUCAGUGCCUUGCCGGAUGAUUUACUUGUGAGGAUACUGUUGUCUAUCCCGACAGAAGAAGCUGUAUCUACCAUGAUUUUGUCUAAGAGAUGGCGUUUUAUCUGGACGAUGCUGCCCGUACUUACGUACCAAGAAAGGAAAGUAAGUGUUUGGUUGUUUCUUAACAAGUCAAUGGAAUUUCACAAAGCACCUGUCCUCCAAAUACUGUCUAUCCGACUAGGUCCACAUUGUCCUACCGAUGCUGAUGUCGGGAAGUGGGUUGAAAACGCUGUUAAUCGUGGCGUGAGAGAGCUAUUUUUCACGCUACAAUGGUCCGCAGAUCCAACCAGAUUGCCUAAGAGCCUUAACACAUGCAAAACUCUCUUGCAUCUAAGACUCUCCCACAAGAUCCUAGUGGAUUUUCCUACUUCUUCUUGCCUCCCUUCCCUGGAAAGACUCCAACUUUACUAUGUGGUGUAUAAAGACGAGGCUUCUCUAGUUGCGCUCUUAUCUAGCUGCCCCGUUCUUGAGUUACUGUAUGUGAUGCGUAAUGAGGAUGACAACGUUGCCAAGUUUAGUGUGAAAGUGCCUUCUUUACGGGUCUUAUUGUAUUUUAAUGCCAUGUCACCAGAUGAGAAUGAUGUAGUAGAUCCCGGUAGGUCUUUAGUUGUGGAUACUCCUGCAUUAAAACACUUUUACAUUGGUGACCAUUCAGGAGACUCUUGGUCGAUCAAGAGUAUGCCUUGUCUCCAGGAUGUUUUUAUUAUUGGUCAGAGCUUCCAUGAUAUGAGCAAGUUGUUAAGAUCUGCUUCUGCGGUCUCGUAUCUUGGUUUGCAUUUGACAGAUGAAUUGGCUGUGUAUUGUAGCACCAUCGAAUUCCCACAGCUGAUACAGUGUACCAUAGCACCAUGCGACUCAAACUGGAUGGAUUCACUCAUUCUUUUUCUUGGAAAUACUCCUAAACUAAAAGAACUUACUGUUGACUAUAGUUUAACCUAUGAACCUCCUGUCGCCUCUGCUUCAUGGAUGCUACGGUUCCCUGAUCCGGAAUGCUUGUCAUCAAGUCUGGAGAAGUUUGAGCUGAAAGACUAUGUAGGAAGAAAAGAAGAGAAAGAAUUGGUGGAGUACAUCCUAGGAACCUCUAAGUGUUUAAGGACUGUCACAAUCUCCUUGAGGUCCAAUCUUAAAGACAAAGAGACAAUAAUGGAGACGCUGAAAGCUAUAUUCGUAAGCAUAUUCAUGGAGACGUUGAAAGUCAUGAUGCUGCGUGCUUGUGGAGCAAGAAGCAUCAUUUUAAACGUUUAUUUUCUUUGCUCAUCCGUUUGGAAAGUGAAAGGAGAAGUAACUGCGCUUGAGCUUAGCAGGACAUGGGAUGUGGUUGACCUUCCUGCAGGAAAGAAAGCUAUAGGAUGCAAAUGGGUGUUCACUAUUAAGUACAAUGCGGAUGGAACAAUAGAAAGAUACAAAGCGAGACUGGUUUGUUGUGGCAACCAGCAAACUGAAGGAGAAGAUUAUGAAGAGACCUUCGCACCUGUUGCAAAGAUGGAUACCGUGCGCACACUGCUGGAAGUUGCUGCAGCAAAGAACUGGGAGGUGCAUCAAAUGGAUGUUCACAACGCGUUCUUGCACGGAGACUUGGAAAAAGAAGUGUACAUGAGAUUGCCACCGGGAUUUCAGUCAGAUGAUCCGAACAAGGUUUGUAAGCUGCGAAAGUCCUUGUACGGGUUAAAACAGGCGCCAAGGUGUUGGUUUGAUAAGUUAUCAAAGGCGCUUGAGAGGCUUGGAUUUGUGCAGUCUUAUGAGGAUUAUUCAUUGUUCUAUUACGUGAAGGGAGAGAAGAGUAUAAGAGUUCUGGUCUAUGUGGAUGACUUAAUUGUGGCACGGAAUGAUCUUGAACUGAUCAAAAAGUUCAAGAAGAAGUUGAGUGAGAUUUUUCACAUGAAGGAUCUUGGUAAGGCGAAGUACUUUCUUGGCAUAGAGAUUUGCAAGAGGACCUUUGGGAAUGUUAUGCAUGCGCCAAGGGAAGCACAUUGGGACACAGCAAUGAGAGUUAUAAGAUAUCUCAAAGGUUCUCCGGGUCAAGGUAUAAUGUUGAAAGCAGAUUGUGACUUGCAUAUACAAGCAUACUGUGACUCCGAUUGGGCCUCAUGUCCGCGAACUAGAAGAUCUCUAUCUGCAUAUAUGGUGAUGUUGGGAACCUCACCGAUAGCCUGGAAGACGAAGAAGCAGGACACAGUGUCGCAUUCGUCGGCGAAGGCAGAGUAUAGGGCUAUGUCAGACGCCUUGAAGGAACUUCAGUGGUUGAAGAGGCUGUUAGCAGACCUUGGAGUUCAGCACAAUGCACCUAUGGACUUGUUCUGUGACAGCAAGUCAGCCAUUUACAUUGCAGCAAACCCAGUGUUCCAUGAGCGUACUAAACGCGUUGAAAAGAACUGCCAUAGUGUAAGAGAUGGAGUUAAAGCUAAGCUCAUUGCUACGAGACAUGUGAGGACGACUGAGCAACUGGAUGAUAUAUUAACAAAGGCGUUGGGAAGUUCUGCAUUUAGUUACUUGUUGUCCAAGUUUGGCGUGUGCGAUUUACACGCUCCAACUUGA